AUGACGUGCGAAUUACAAACCGGUAACGGUAAUUCCGUAUAUGACGACAUCGACUUGGGACUUAAGUCAAUACUAGACGAACCAUUCCAUCCAUUUUUCGGUAAGUAAAAACACGUUUUUCUACGCGAAACACUAUAAUAAUGGGAACCUAAAGUAAUUUUUUACAACUUCGACAUUUUCGGAUUUUGGUCGUGUUUCAUAGACAGUAUAAUAAUAAUUAUUAAAAAUAUAAGACAGGUAAUUUUUUGUACGAAAUUAUAAGCUCUUACAAUAAAUUCAUUAUCGUUUCCUAAGAUUUUAAAUAUACAAAGAUCAAUAUUAAGUCGUGAUUUGUAGAGUAUACUUUACAAAAACAGUAUUUUACUCUAUAAUAAAACGCAUAUUUUACUCUGUAGUUAAAAUAAACUUGUAAUUGGAUGUAGUCGAUUUUGUAAAUUUAAAUUAUUUUUAAUUUAAUGUAAACAAAUAGUAAACGAAUAUUAAUAAAAUGAUGUUACUUGGAAUUAAAAUCGUACCAUUUUAGAGUUUAAACACUAUUAACAAAAUUUAAGGUUAUUCUUUACGUCUAAAAUAUUGCCAAACGAAAAAACUACAGCUCUUUUAUAAAAAAUAAAGAACAAAAAUCAACACGUAUAUCAAGUCUGCUUAUGAGGUGAAUUUCAGGUAUUUUUAAUAAUUCGAAUAGUAUUUAUAGAAAACACGUAUACUCUUUCAACUUAAAAAUAUGCGAAAAUUAAACAUUUAUUGAAUAUUAUAAUAAUGACUAGCGUUUAAAUUAUUCUAAUAUGCGAUAAAUUGUUAACCACGUGGUGUGCAAUAAUAGUGGUCUGUCGUCCAUUCAAUCAUCGGUUUCGAUUAGGAAAAAAAAAAUACCUAACGUACUUUAAUAGCUCGCCUACAAACAAUUAUAAUAAUUUAUGUUGGUCAAUCAAUAUAAGAAACGUGUUUUAUUGAUACGAUACCUAAUGUAUCAUAAUCGCGUUAUUAUACGUAUAUAUGAUCUAUAGGUACAUAUAACUUGUUGCAUACAAUAUUGUAUGUUAUAUUUUUUUAUCAAUAACAAUAAAAAAAUAUCAAAUGGGAAAAUAAUAUUAUUAUACGAUAAUCAAAAAAUUAAAAUAAAAUAAUAAUAAUAAAAUUAAGAACCACAAAUGAUCACAAAAUAUAAGUACUUUACUUUAGGUAUAUUUUGAUACCAUAAUAUUACUAUUAUAUUCAUAUAGUCUGGUCAUAAAUGUACCACGUUUUAGAGUCUGAAUGAAGCGAGGAAUAUAUUUGUUUAUUUAUUAUUACUUUAUAUGUGUACAAAAAUUUUACCAGAAAUCUUGCUCUGGAGUAUUAACUAUUUUCUGAAAGAAAAUUUUCCUGGGGUGGUACUUUAGUGAGAUUAUAUUUCGAUUUACUUAGGAGUUUUCCUAAUAAGUGGGAAAAAAUGUAGAAAAAACGGAAAAAUGUACGAAAUGAUCAUUUAAAAAUCAUAAAUAUUUUAGACUUUUUUCCUGUGUACAACUUUUUUACCAGAAAGUUUGCUUCAAUAUUCAAAUGUAACACUUUCUUUUCUGGAAGGGAAUUUUCCAGGGAUGAUAAUUCUCACCUAUAACAGUGGCCCACCCCUUCGUGCGAAGUAUGACUGUUUUUUUUUUUUUCUAUGAUAUCUUUAUACUUUGUUCGCCAUUUGAUAUUAUUUAUAUAUGAAUUUACUUAGUACCUACCAACGAUUUUUGCUAUUUAUAUUUCCAUCUUAAAAAACAAAAUGUAUAACAUACAUUCUAAAAAUAAGUAACCACAAUAAAUAAUAAAUAAAAUGCUGAUACUGCUGAUAGGUUUAUCAUUGUUUUAGGAAGAAAGUCGAAAAGAAGAAUUUAUAGAGCAAUUUAUUUCAACGUUAACCGUUGCUAAUAAAAAAAACGUUUUGAACACAGUAGUAUUAGUUGUAUUAGUCCCCUAGUUGUCGAGGUAACCCAGAAAUCAAAAAAUUUAGAAAACGUUAUUUUUGAAAAAAAAAAUGUUUCUCACUUAUUAAGAAAACUAUAAAGAAAAUCGAAAAACGACUCUCUCUAUGUGUUAGCCAUAUAAAUCAAACAUUCAAGAAGAAAAUUCCUAUAAAGUUUUUAAUUAGACAAUGAUUUCUGGUAUAAAAGUUGUUUAGAGACGCAAAAAAAAAAAACAUCACAUUAAAACCAAUGUAUUCUUUGGAUUCGAUCGAAAAAUCUAAAGAAAAAAUGUACAUGACAAAAUGUAUAUCAUUGUACAUAAUGUACAUGUGUAUUUUAAAUAGACACUGCGCAUUUAUAGUUCUUUAUUUUUGUUCUAAUACAUAAUAUAGGUAAUUUUACAAUUGUAUUAGGUGUUUUUCAUUUAUUUAUCAUGAAUUAUAAUUACAUCAAAGGUACAACAUAAAAAUAAAUUACACCUGCCAAUCUCGAUUUUAUCGAAAUGUAUUAUGCAUUAAAAUAAUACCUAUAUUAUUCGUAAAUUGAAUUCAUUAUAAUAUUAUAUUGUGUUUGAUGUGAUUUGUAUAAUACGUGAUUCAUAUUAGGUAUUGGUAGGUAUUGCUUAUUCUUUUUAUCUAUAUCGUGUAAUAUCGAAAAAUAAAAUAACGCAUUAUUAUACAUUCAUUAAUAGCUAAUAUAUUCUAACUGCGUAUUCCCAUGUGAUCCCAGCGGUUUUCCUUAUUAUAAAUAUUAUCUAUUAAUUGUUCACGCAUUUCGUUAUUUUUGUAUUAACCGUGCAGUGCAAAUACUCCUUUCAAAAUAUUGACAACAAACGAAAUGUUUGUAAAAAAAAAAAAUUUUAGGUCGGUCGUUACUUUUAGUUAUAUUUUAAGGGAGAUAAUAGAUUUAAAAUUAGUUUAAUAUACCUAUCUACGAUUAUUUUAAGAAAAACUUUUUUUUUUUUUUUUGGGGAGGGGUGGGUGGGAAAUUAUUUAAUCAAUUUUUUUGAUAGGAAUUAAUUGAUGGAAUUAAAUGCUCAAAUUGCAUGGUAAUGGCAUGAAAUUAUUUCAUAUACGCUGAACAAAGACGUGAACAAUUCACAAGAGCAAACGCAUUUUAAUUGUUACUCGGGCACACACAAAACCUUGUUUACAGCAGUUUUAUGGAUAAACCGACAUCGUUGUGCUCGCAAAUAUGCAAAAUUUCGCACAUUAUAAUAAAAUAUAAUAUUAUUAUUCUUGAUUUGAAAUAAUAUUAGGGUAUAUUCUUUCAAAAUUGAGCGAUGUUCAAAAAUAACAAAUGAUAAUAUAUAUUAUAUACAUUCUAAUACUGAUUUUGGUUUGAUGAUAGGUAUUUUAUUGUCGAAUAUUGUACUAAAACGAUUCAACAUUGCAAACUAAAUUUUCAUCACACCCACCAUUCAAUUUUACCAAUUUUUCUGAUUUAUAUUUUUUGUCAAUUCUUAUGUGUUCUUAUUUACGACAAUUUAAAUGUAUGCCGGAGGUAUAUAUUAUAUUAAUUUAAUAAUAUAAAGAAAAUUAUGUAACCAUAAUAAAUGUAGUAAUCAUGUUCCCCUAUUCAACGCAAUCUAUAAUAAAUAUUUCGGAAUCCAACAACCUUCCGACAGAUCCAUCGGUAUGUUGAAUUUUUGAAGGAGAAGUUACAUUACAUACUGGUUUUCAUACCGAAACGAGUGCUCUUAUAAUAAUAUCAUAACACCCUGCAGCCUCUAUUUAAAAAUUAAUAAACGAUGGUCCGUGGCCAGCUCUAAUAAUCAGAGUAAUUUCUGGUCUAUAAAUACUUUUUCGUUUAACCACCGAUAUUUUCGUAACAAUUUCGUUAUUAUUAUUAUAAUGUUCUGCCGAAGCUUCUUAUUAUAAUAUUCUGAUUCUCUUCUCUUUCACCGACGACCAUACUGUCUCACAUCCGAUCCUUCUAUCGUUAUCUAUAAUGCAUAGUUUUUUUUAUUUUUUGUUCGAACCUCCAUCAAUUAGUGUGUAAUACUGAAGUAUAUACCCAUCACCUACCUAAUCCGUCGUAACUAAUCAAAAAUAUUCUUUUGGAAACCAGCUCAUAGCUAUUUAAAUUAUUUUCAUAAUAUAUUAAAUUUGCCUUUAAUAUAAUUAUAUAGAACGAAACCAACACAUUAAUACAAAUAGAUGCAAUAGGUAAAAUUUACGAUUAUAAUACGGACAGGUUUCUAUAAUAUUAUGAUUACACCACCGUAUACCAUUUGAAAACAAAUAUAAUUUUUUGUAGGUAUUUGUCGUCUCUAAAAUUAAACACGAUUCGUUAUUUUUAUAUUAUAAUAUAUAUGUAUUUAUUUUUUGGUUUAAUUUAUAUUCGUAUAUAGACGGACAAGGAAAAAAUAACAUUACAAUAUUAUAGUAUUAAACUUUAAUAAAUGAUACUUUAAAUAUUAUAAUAGUAAUAGGUAUCCGUCCACAUUACAAUACUGUAAAAUGUAAAUAGUUAAAUAGUUGUGCAACAUGGCGCAAUAACGAAAUAAUAAAUAUUUGUUGGGCCAGGAACGAUUUUAUAUAUUCUUACAAACCAGUUUGACGAAAAGAGGAUAAGCGCAUAAAACAACGACGUAUAAUAAUUUAAAACCUAAUAUACGAAGUUUCGCAUGCUAAAAAAUAUCUCGGUGGGCAUAUUAAAAAUAUAUAUAUUAUAUAUACACAUACCUACGCAAUAGUAUGGAAGUAUACAAUUUUUAAACACAUUUUUUUAUUACUACGUAGUUCCCGCCAAUAUGUGUUUUCUUUGUUCCUAGACUCAUUAUAUAUUAUAACAUAAUAUUCGUCCGAAUAUAUCGGCAUUCAAUAAUUGGACACUACUGCUGCAGUAAGACCGCGCAUCAAUAUUAGAUAUUAUUGUAGGAUUCUUUGUAAAAUGUCCGUUAAAAUUCUGUUUUGGCCAAUAUAUUAGUACGAAAAUAUCGUAAUUAUUAUAGAACUAUAGUAAUUAAGUGUUAAAUACGUAUAAAAGCGUUAAUCCUACAAAGUAGUAUUUUACAAUUAUAGUUUAAUGUAGAUACCUAACCUAUUGUGUUUAAAUAUUAUAUUAUUACAAAAAUGUAAACGACAGACACGAACAAUUACGAUAAUGUAUAUAAAUUUACCUAAGCGAAAUGAUACUAAAUAAUGACGAGUAGGUGUCACAUUUGGAAUGCCUAAAAAUAUUGUAGUUAAUAAUCGAUUUGGUUGUAUUUGUGGACAAAUAUUAAAAUAUGUAUGGCAAUGUAGGCACCACUCACGGCCAAUUUUUGAUGAAAUUUCGUCUAUUUUAAAUGUGAUAUUAGAUUCUGAGCGUAGCUAAGGAUUUAUUGGUUUUACUGAUAUGCUUCUUUUUUUCUGUAUACCUACAAAUUUUAAACGAGAAUUACAUUAAUCUAAAACUUUAUAGGAACUGUAUUGUGUUCAUUUUGAUCAGGUUGAUGCAUCGAGAAGGUCAAUUUUUGAUUGCCUGUGUAAUUUUCUUAAUAAAUUGGAAAAAAUGACAAUUUGUCGUUUAAUUUUUGUAGUUUUCCGGGCUCCCUUUGGUAACAAGGGGAAAAAGGACAGUUGAUAAUACUCUGCUCAGAAUCAUUUUUUGUUUGUAAUGGUGUCGCAUACAGAUAUAAAAUUAUAUUAAAUUAUAUAUCCUCUUUUAAAAUUGUUUAGUUUUAUUGCCGUGAAUGGCCAUAUGGUUUAAGAUAUAUUUAAUAAUACGAAAAGGGAAUUUUUCCGUUUUGAACAAAAAAUUAAUGUCCAAAAUGUUCGUAAAAAAAUAUAUAUUUUGUUUAUGACUAUAAUUAGAAUAGUAAGAAGUAUGCAGGUAGAUAUAGUAUAAUCUUCAUUAUUCGUGUACUAUUUAUCUAUUUUUAUCGAUUACCGGAUUAGAUAUUUAGCAAUAUAAUAUGAUAUUAUAUUAUAUUGAGGUUAUAAUAUUUUGAUCCCGAUAGUCCAUCAACGGUUUCCGUUUAAUGGGUCAAAGGCGAAGGAGUGUGCCCGCUGAUAUUUUCGUAUACCUAUAAUUAUAGGUACUGCGUGUAGAAUAUGUUUUUCGAAAUAUCAGACCGAUACAUUUCCUCAACGACCUAACAGGUAUACAAAAUAAAAAAAAAAAAUAUACGAUUCUCAAAAGACUAAAAUAAUGGUUGGUAUUUGGAAGCUAUAUAGUUGGCGUCCACGUAAUUUUUCGGCUUCUCGUACAAGUAUAUAAUAAUAAUACAUUCAUAGUACCUCUACUAUUAUCAUUAUUUUUUUAUUUUUUUUUUAGCUAUACUAUCUAUGUAUACUUACUCGUAUUAGACAUAUAUAUGUAUAUAUUAUGCUUUUUUAACCGUAGAAAAACCUAGUGAGGUGUGUAUAAUCGGCUGGCCAUCAACGGAUUCCCACGAAACACGAUACUACUUCGUAAAAAAACUCCCGAGAAAUCCGAGAACGCGAAAUAGAGAGAGAGAGGAUGGCAUAGGCACGUAUCUGCCUACCUAAAACUAUAUAUAAACAACAACACAGCUUAAUUUGUUUUUAUCUGUAUACUUAAAUAAAAAAUAACGAAGUAAAAGUUAAUAGUACAUUUAAACGGUGGCAUCGUAAGUAUAGGUACCCAUAUCUACCUAUAAAACCGUUUAAUUCCACAUUUUUAUCAGUUUUACAAUCGCGCAUAUGCUGCAUAGAAUCGGCCAUUAUUAUCGUUGGCUGUGUUGCGACAAUAACUAAACGCACUCUUGACAGUCUUAACGAAUUCUUAAUUUCACUUAGACAACUAAAUAUUUGCGUACACAAAAAAUAUAUAUAUGAACAUUUUAUAUUCUGAGCGCAUUGCGGUAUGUUUUAGUUUUACUACAUGAUGCGUGUUAUUUUUUGUGUCGAUUAAACAUACAAUGUUAUAUUUCCUAGAUUUUCUAUACCGACAUUUUUCUCGUCUUAAAAAUGACCAAUAAUCGUGCAAUUUGAUUGAUUUUUUUUAACGAUUAUAUUUAAUAAAUAUUUUGAAAAUCUGUAAGCGACAAAAAUAAACUGACUAGUUGCGUGUCUAGAGUGUUUAGUGCAUAGGGUACUAUUUUUAGUACCUGGUGCAUUAAUUGAUUUUGACCACCCUAUAAAAAAAAAAAAAAACCCAUCUCUUUCCUAUAUAUGUAUAAAUUACAUUGUGUAACUUUAACAAAACUUUUAAUUCAAUUUUGGGGACUCUUACAAUUAUGGCACCCAGUGUGCGUACACCGUUCACACCUUGACACGGUUCUGCAAACACAUAUCAAUUUAGGGUUCCUAAUAGUACCUAAAUAUAUUUCUUAUACAAUGUUUUAACGUAUUUUGUUUAAUAUUUACAUAACUGAUUAACACAAUUUUGUUCAAAAUAAUUUUCGUUGGAAGCGUUUAAUACGUGUUUCUUGGAUUUUUUUAUAGCUUGUGUCACAUAAUAAUAUGUAUAUGUACCAGGUGAUCCAUUUAAGUGGGUAUACUCAUUAUCUUGAAAAGUAUUAAAUUUUUCCGGAGUUUCUUUUCUAGAACAUUUAGGAAAUAAGCAGCUCUAUAAUUUUAUAUCUAUGUUAUUUUUUGUCUUCCUUAUUUUUUGAGGUAAAACCACUACCUACUUUUUAUUUUCAAAUAUCAACCUAUAUGAAAAAUGUCAUAAAUAGAUAGAGUUUAGUUAAAAUAAAUUUCAGUGUUAAAAUUUUUGAUUUGUGUUAAGCUGUUAACGAGAUAUUCCUCUUUAAAGUUUGGGUUGAAAGAGAGUAGUGAUACAUUAACACGCCGCGCGCCGCACCGCCACACAAGGAUAUUCCACUACUCUCUUCCAACCCAAACUUUAAAGUGAAAUAUCUCGUCAACGGAUCGACGGAAAUCAAAAAUUUCAACACUCAAAUUUAUUUUAACUAAUACUCUAUCUAUUCAUGAGUGAUAGUGGUUUUAACCCCAAAAAUAAAGGUAACAAAGAAUAACAUAAAUAUAAAGUUAUAGAGCAACUUAUUUCUUGAAUGUUCUAGAAAACAAAUUCCGGAAAAAUGUAAUACUUUCCGAAAUAAUGAGUGUAGGUACUCACUUAAAUAGAUCACCUGAUAUAAAAAAAAAAUGUCACAUACGAACUUUUCGAACUAUACCCUACACGACGAAAAAUACAUAGAAAACUAUCUCUACAUUGUUUUUAAUUUAAUUUGUUUAACUACACAAUAUUAUAUGGCUGUUUGUACAAGACACCUUUUUAACUUUUGCACAAUUUCAUCAAAAUCGAUUGGAAAAAGGCACAGUAUGAUUCAUGAGUCUUUGAUAGACGGACAUGACGAAAUUAUAAGAAUUUCGUUUUUACGAUUUUGACCACAGAACCAUAAAAAAAGAUAAAAUUAUUGUCCAAUAUAGCAACUAUUAAUAAUUCGGUAUAUCAAGUAUAUUAGGCAAUUAGGUUACUAGUUACUAGUUAGUAAAAACCCGUUAAUAGACAUCAGAUCACAACGAAAAUUUGAUAAAGUGAUCAUAAUAAAUAAUAAACUCAUAAAUUCAAAGGCUGUGUAGUGUAUAAUAUAAUAUAUCUACUAUUGCUAUUUAAUAAUCAAAACAGAAACAUUAUACAAAACAACUAUGUAAUUUAUUAAAUAUUUGGAAUUAUAUAGGUAAUGCAUUACAUUAGAAAAAUAUAAUCAUUUUAUUUUUAUUUAAAAACAAAAAAUAAUAAUUUUCACGACACGUGAACUAUCUUUGAUGACACAAGCGUAGUAAAUAGUUUAACGUAAUAUACUAUAACAUAGUACAAAAACCUAUGAGUUUUAAUAUUAAAGGUCAAUAUCAAAAUAGAUUAUAUUUUAAUGAAAGAUAAAAACAAUACACGAAAUUUGUAUUAAUUAUUGCUCAUUGUUUUGUAAUCAAAUAAACGUAAUCAUUUCUUUUUAAUAUCACCCAUGAGUAAACAAAAAUAUUUAAAAUUAAUUUUAAUGCACUUGUAUAUUUACUCGGAAAAAAUUAAUGUUCGAACUUUUAUCUACUAAAACGCGCCGGAUACAAUAAUUUUGUUAUUUUCGUUUACCUCAUCAUGGCGGUGUAUUAUACAACGACUACUCAACUAUAGUUAUUGAGACAAUUUAUUCGGGUGCAUUUGUUUCGAAGUUUUAUUUAAAACUGAUAGUUAAACAGUAUUAUCUUUGUAAAUCACCGAGCUUGUGUAAAAAUCGAGAUACACUCACUUCUUACUAGGUGAUGUGAAUUAUAACCUCCAAAAAAAAAAAAACAAACACGAACUAUUAAAAUUUGAAUUUUUAGUCUGUACGAAUUUAAUGCUAAUGAAUUGACAGUCCUAGACCCUUGUGUAUUCAAAAUGUUUUAUCACUUGCACAUAGUUUGAAAGAAGUGUUUUAUGUGUUUCGUGUUUGAAGUUUGUAAACUAAUAUAUUCUUGAACGCUUAGAGCUAAAUUUUGAAAUUAAAUUUAUAAUUUGUAAUUUUAAAACCUUCUAUAUGGGUUGUAUUUAUUCUAAAAUUAAAUCAUUUAUCAAACUCUAAUUCAAAUUUGAAUAAAAGUUUAAAUUUAAAAGUGAACGUGAUGAUGAAUAAUAUUAUUGCUAGCUGCACGAAUGAUGCGAACGUGCGUACAUAACAAUUUCAAUUGUUAUGGUUAUAAGUUGGUGUGCUUGAAUUUCGAUUUUUUUCGGCUAUUUUAAGUUAUGUUUAUUAUUGCCCCCAAGAAGAAGUAAUACCUGGCGGUAAAAAGUUAUUAAUACUAUACGGAUCGUUAAGAAUGUUGAUAGUAUUAUCGGUUUGUGUUAUCUAGUAUAAUAAAAAGAUGCGUGUAAUAUUUAAUAUACCUAAUCAUAAUACGUAUUCCGAACUACAGUCGCUAUCGAAUAUCGAUGAAUGACGAUGGAUCAGAAUUCAAAAAAAUAUAUAUAGUUUAUAAAUAUUUUAUUAUCCGAAUGCUAUAAAAAUAUCUAGGUUUUAUGUUAUGAUAUUAUAUCUAAUCAAUAAUCAUCAUUUUUUUUCUUCUGACUUUUAUGGUUUUUCGGCCGCCGACGAGUUUCUUUUCUAUAGGUAAUACUAUUAUCAACAUUCGACACAUAAUAUAGUUAUUUAUUACCGUUCAGAAGGUUAUCUCUCUGAAAUGAUAGAGUUUUCCGGGGAUGAUGAUGGUUAAUCUUGCAGAUGAUGUAGGCGCCCAUAUUAUAAUAUAUAAACAAGAAUUAUUUCGUUAUCGAUUUAUACUGCAUUAUAAAAAAAACAUGAUGUAAAACAACAACGGUGUCGUCCAAAAUAUUUUUUUAUUCCAUUCAAAAUACAGAAGUACCUAUUGAUCACUUUAGUGUUCUUAACAGCUAUUCAUUAUGAAUUCAUAAUUACACAUGUACCCGUGUGUUUAAGUUUAUUUUAUUUUUUAGAAACAAAUUGCAGGUAGCAGGUACCCACAUUGUUAAAUAAUAUUAAAUACCUACAUAAGAGUUCAUUACAUAAAAGCUGCUGUAAAUAGUUUAAAAAAGUAACUAGUAUAAAUAUUAUUUACACAUAUUUUAUAAUCGGUGAAUAUAUUAAAUUAUUUCUUAAUUUAAGAAGAUUCAAAGAUUUAUACUGUUGGAUUAUCUGGGGGGGGGAGGGAGGAAAUGAUAGCUUUGUCACCCCAAAAAAUCGUCACGGGGGAACAUACUCCCCUUGCCUCCUACAAUUACGCUACUGGUGAUUAGAAUAUUAUAAAAUUAUAAACAUAAGAUCAAUGUAAUAAUAAUAUAAACGCGUAUUAUACGAUAUCAAUACAAGUUUAAUCGAAUAUCGUAAACGUAUGUUUUUGUAUGGAAAUUGUAAUCAUUUUUUGUAGGUAUGUUGUAUACCGAUUAUACAACGACGAUGACCCGGUAUAGGUACACCUAUACCGGUACACAAAUAUUAUUCAGAGUUCGUAGUUUAAACGACUUUUGUUAUUACACGUGACAGGAAAAUUAUGUUUUGCGCUUACAAAAAUAUUGUACCACCGUGACUAAUAGCUUAAUUUUAGAAUAUUUCCAAUUGUUGCGUAAUUAAAAAUUAUAUUAUUAUUAUCAUUAUAGUUUUGUGCCCUAUCACCAUAGUUAAUUCCUAAUCAUUUCACCAGCUAAAAUUAUUUACCUGUUUUGUUAAUACAAUAAUAUUCGAGUUAUAAUAGUAGGUGUCUAAUAAUAUUGUUGUUAAUUUCAACAAAAUAAUGUUAUUAAGUGAGUAUCUAUCGCGUACUUGACUAUUAUAGGCAAUUUUUUUUUAUGCCGUCCAUGACUAAGGAAUAUGUAGGUAGAUAUACAUUAUUAUUACAACCAGACAGUUAUAAUAAUAUUAUACAAGUCAAGGCACUUCUAGAAACAUAUUGCCUACAUUAUUACGGUGUUCUGAAUAAUUGAGAAAACAUGUUUGAUGGAUGUUAAGAAACCGGUAGUGGCAUCGAGGGUGAAAUUAAUUAUCAUCUCGAUUGCGAGUAAGCCAACGAUUUUUAUAGAAAUAUUAUACACGCGAGAUUUUUAAUCUAUCGGGAGGACGCCACACCCGAGCGUAUCCCGUUGUCCUUGUCGUAUCUAUCAUAAUAAUAAUAAUAAAAUAUCAAAAACAUAGUUGAUUUCUAUAAUAGUCGUCCUGGGACUUAUUUUAAUAACACGUAUGUAAGAUAACAUAUUAUCCAAAUGAUAUCGUUUUCUCCUUCAUCCCUCUGAAUACAUAGAUUCGUGUAUGUAGGUAAUAAGAUUUAAAAGUUGCAAUUUUAAACUAUCGGAUUUAAACAUUUUUUUUUUACAAAAUCUCACAUUCCUCUGGUCAGUCUAUAAGUCAUAUAUUAUAUAGUAAUAAUAAUAAUAAUAUGUUUUCGUCGUUGUAAUGAGUCAAUGAUAACAAUUAUUAACGUUAACCUUAAUCAUGUAUAAGACUACUCAAAAUUGUAAGUGGGAAAAUGUCGGUAAAACAAAAAAUGGACGAACAAGCGUCCGGUCGAUAUUUCUUUUUAUCCUCGAUGAGUACCUUGGUGUAAAUUCAAGGGGAGGCAAAAGUUGUCUCCUUUCUAGACGCGUUAUAUACCUGUUAUGUUUAGCAACGUCGUCGUAUGAAAGUUGAGAAUUGGUUUAAAGAAAAAUAAUUCAGUUUUUUUUUUUUUUUUUAAAUUAUAUUAUAAUAAUUAUACGAUUUUCGAAAAUGUAUCAUCAAACACUUACCAUAUUUUUGGCUUUCAGAAAAAAAUUUCACCCCCCUCAUUUCAAAUUACUAGAUCCGUAAUACAUGUUCUCAUAUAAGUGCAUAAGUCUCUAGGCUGUGUCUUGAUAAAAUUAAGACAUAACUUAGAUUGGUACACCAAUGGAUCCAUAAUUUUCCAGUAUCCUGCGAGCACAUCUUAUUUUUUCACUUUUCCCGUUUUUCCUACUCUUUCCGGGUUUUCUCGUUUAUAUUUUGAAAACCUCUGAGAAAAUCAAAAAAUGACCACUUUAAAGUACCACUACAGGAAAAUUCCCUUUCAGAAAAGGUGCUACACUUGAAAAUUGGAGUAAGAUUUUUGGUAGAAUUUUUGUACCAUACAUUAUAUAAACUGAUUAGAAUUCCCACAAAAUACGAGAUAGCACACAAUUUAAGAAUUUUAAAAUCUGGUAGACCGCGUGGCUUGUAUAACGCGAUUUGCACAAAAUGAAAAAAAAACGUAUGGAGAAAAUUCGUGUUUCCGAACGCAUGUGAUAUACGAUAUUCCAACCGCAGAAACCCGCGGUGUCCGGCUUCUCGAUAAUAUAUAUAUGGGGUGUCUGCUAUCGGUCGGUACCUACCUAUCUAUACGUAUAGUGCACCCGAUAGAAUAUCGCUUUUCCCAACAUGUUGACAAAUCGUUCAGUGACCCUAUCGGAAAAAAAAUACAGUUCUUUGGCUUCUUCGUUGCACUUGUCCCUGGGAUCAAAUAUAAUAAUGUACCUAUAUAAAUAUAUAUAAAAUUAGUGAAAGUUAUAUUCUGCACUGCACAUGACUAGAAAAUAUGUAAUCCUUCUUUAAAAAUACACAGGUAUAUACCACUUAUUGCCACGGGUAUGGAAGGUGGUGUCCUGACUAUAUACUAGGGGUCUAUAACCAGUGCUAUUCAAUAAACGUAUGUACACUGUGCAGCGAUAGUUUUAGUGAAGCAAGUAAGUAUGGCCGUAUGGGAAACUUUAAAAUAACAACAGACAACGACAACAGAAAAAUAAUAUCGGAAAUAUCGAUUAGAAAACUUAAAAAAAAACCCAACAAGUGUACCUACGAACCAUUACAGUAGGUAAUUAUAAUAUGGUGAGAAUAUCGUUAGGAGAACCGGUGCUAUUAUAAAUUAUCGUAUACCUAUAGUUAACGAUGACUACGAUAAUCGCGUCGCCCCGUUUCCAUAAUGUUUACAGCGAAAUACAUAAUAUAUCUUCAACGGGUCACGAAUUUCACUACAACUUCCAGUCAAUAUAGGUCUUUGCCUCCAAUUUUUUUCGGCUUGGAAAUUAACCCAAAUCGAUCGAAGUAACUUAAAUAAUUGUGAAGUUAUUUUUUUUUUGUAAAUGCUUAAAAUAAUUUACUAUGCAAUUUUAAAAUUAGCUGAUUAUAUCGAUUGUUUAAAGGACAUAUGUUAGGAUUCUCAGGAGAAUGUCAUAAUUUAAAUAUCUGUGAUUGAUUAUAACUCAGAAAAAUUACCUACGUUAAAACGGAGUUGUCGUCAAGAAUACAACUAGUAUAUAUGGCUCAAUUUUUGAUAGUCAGAUUAAUGUAUGGAGACAAGUGUAAAACAAUAAACUCUACAUAAUGAUUCAUAGACCCGAAGUUUCAAGUCUCUACGAGUAUUUAUAACCGAAUUACAGCAAAAAACUCCCAAAAGUUAAAAUUCCUUAAGAGCUCAAAAGUGGCUCAAAGGUUUGUCCAUUAUACCGUAAGAAAGUAAAUCAAAAAGGCAACAAAAAAGUUUUUUAUGAUUUUUCGAUCAAAUCAUUUUUUCUGGUAGAAAACGUCGUCCGUGUUUUUAUAAAAUAAUAAAAUCGUGAAAUUGUACGUUUUCAUACGCUUUUUUCCCACUCAAGUGCUUUUAUUUGAAAAAUUGCGUUGAAAAUCAAAAAAUGACCUCUCUUAAGUACCAUUUAGACAACUUGAGCUUUCAGAAAAGUUGCUAAAAAUGUAAAAAUGAGAGCAAGUUUACUAUGAAAAACGUGUCCACAGACUAGAACAAUGAAAUAGAGAAAUAAACAUCUUAAUAAAACCAAUAACUCCCUAGCUACGCUCGGAAUCUGAAAGUGAGCAUGUUUAAAUGAACAAUAAUAUAUAGAUACCUACGCUUCAGAUAUACUGUGGACUAAUAAACAUUAAUUAUAAAUACGUAUUGUAGGUAUAUAAAUUAAUCAAAUUAUUUAUUAUAAUUAUGAUUGUUUAAAAUAUUUGUUUUAAAGCAGGUAGGUACUCGCUGAUUAAAUACAUUUACAUCUAAAUGUCGUAAAUUGUUUUAAGUCAAAUAUCUUUGUUAUUUUUUUUUUUUAACAAAAUUAUAAAGUUCGAUAGUACAUAUACCAUAACAAAACUUUUCUAUGGAUAAAAUCCAUUACAACAACAAAAAAAAAAUGUAGGUUCGAAAUUAUAAUUGGGACUUGCAUAAAUUUGUUCUUCUCAGGGAUGAUUUUUAAAAAUUAAACAUGUAACUUAUAAAAUGUUUUUGAUAAAUCUAGGGGUGGGGAAUUGAAAAAAACGAUAGUAUUUCUAUAAGUAUACAAUUAAACCUUUUUUUUUUUUUUACCACAGUAAAAUGUGAGGAAAUCUUUUCGUCUUUUCUGUGUUUUUACUUCUAAUACUAUUUUCAGACCUAUACAUAAAUCCGUUUUCAUGAUGAACUGGUUCUGUACCGUUGAUAUCUCGUUAUUCAUAUAUUGCAGAAAGAAAUAUACCUACGAUCAUUAUUUGAAUUUCAGAAAAGAUAUUUCCCAUUUCUAACCAGUUUUAAUGCAUUUUCUUUUUAAACGGGCCAUUAAUCAAAAUUCCAUUUGACACGGUACACAUUUUUGUGAUGUUUCUCGUGAUAAUAACCAUUGAAUUUAUAACUUGAAAACGAUAAAUGGUUCAUUAUUUUAUUACUUUAAUCGUAAUUUACUUAUCGAAACAUUACGGUCUUUGAUAUCAACCUCUUUAACCUCUUAACUUAUGAUAAUCGCUAAACCACGGCUAUACAAUAGUGGAACUAAAUAAAUUGUUUACUGAUAAACAUUUCGAGAAAAUCAUUUAUUGCCAACGUGAUUUUUUUUGACAUGGGUUUGGCUAUUUUGUGAUGGGCGUACAUAAAUUAUAAAAUUAAAAAUUUUGCAAUAAAAAAAAUAUUAUUCAUCAUAAUACCAUACUUACUAUGGUAACAUAUAUUAUUGAAAAUUACAACUUUAUCCAUUUCACCGGUCAUCUCGUGGGGUCGAAACUAUGAUUAAUAAGCAGUAAUUGCUAUAUAUAUAUUACACGGGUAGUGGUAGUGAUUUAAAAGUACUAGGAUUAUAUUAUAAAGACUAAGUUUAUUAUAUUCUGUAGAAAGUUGAUACCAUAAUUUAAUACUCCUAAUUUGAUAUUUUAAGAGAAACGUUUGUAUUAUAGGUGCCUGUAUUAUAGGUACCCACUAAUAUACUAUAAACAGGCGCAUGUAUAUGAAGGGUUUUAGAGGUUCAACCACCCCCCUCCGAAAUUGCAUGAUAAUUAUGAUGAAAGUAGAUUUUUAAUAGAGUCUCAAAAUUAGUUCCUGUCAAUGAAAAAGAUAACUACGAUUUUGGUUUUAUUUUAAUUUUAUUACUAGAUAGUAGGUAUAUACUAUAUAUUGUUUUUAUUGUCAUUCAAUAAUAUGAAUUACGUUAUCAUUUAGGCUGUAUUCACCAAACAAUAUUAAAUAUAAAAUUUAGUAAUAGGUACCUAAAAGGCUAAAAAGUUGUACUAGGAUAAUGGAAACGAGUGCAGCCACUGUUGUAGGUAAAUUUUAAUGUCUGUAAGCAACGAUUUGACAAUUGCUAACAAAAAGCGAUUCAGAGAGGAGUUCGGUUAAUAGUAUUACUUUUUCAACAAUAUAUAUGUCAUAUUAGGGUAAAAUAAAGCAUAAAAUAUUUUCUUUAAUAAUAUUUGUAUAAUAUAUUGUACCUAUUUUCUCGUUUUUCCUAUGUUUUUUUCCUGGUUUUACUAUUUAUUGGGAAAACUCUUGGGAAAAUCAAAAAAAUACUUCUCUAAAGUACAACCCCAGUCAGAUUUCUUUUCAGAAAAAGUGCUCUAAUUGUAAAUCGGAGCAAAAUUGCUAAUACAUUUUUGUCAAUAGAAAAAAUAAUAAAAGAAAUAAAAGUCAUUGUAAAACCAAUACAUUCUUUGCUCCAUUCAGAAUCUAAAAUUAAUGUUAUAAAAUAUUGACAUUUUUAAUGAAAAAUAAAUAAUCCUACGAUAUAAAGUGUAUACAAAUUUUUGUUAUAAAAGUAUGGAAGUGUACAACCUUAAAUCCCCCCUGAAAUAUUUUUUUAUAAACGCACUUGACUAUAAAUCUCGGUAUAUGAAUAUAUGAACUAUAACAAUUAAGGGGUGAAAGGGUGGGUUUUUAAUGUAAGUGUGCUACAUUAGAAAAAUAUAAUUUGUGUGCACUGAGUUUAUUAUAACUAGGGCAGAUAUUUCUGUGCACAAAAAACCUCUAAAUAUAAAUGCAGACGUGCACAUUAAAUUCCAAAAUAUGACCUUCAAAUAUGCUCUAAAAAUUAUGUUGAAAAUGUCUUUAAAAUGUACAAAAUCCUAAAAUAUGCAUUACAAAUUCAAUAACAUCAACAUAUCUAAAAUAAAAUUGUAUACAUAGAAUACUGAAUCGUUAAGUCAUAAAAAACCGUUUGGUGUAAACUAGUUAUUUUCAAUCAAUUAAAACAUUCUAAUGUAUAUACAUAUCUGCAAUAUUAAUAACUUAUACAAGGUACAUAAUAAUAUUACUGAUAUCAGUUAUAAUCAAAUGUUAGUAGAAUUGAAUGAAAUGAUUGAGAUGUAAUAUUGUUUAUAUUUUUAUCAAUGUACUCUCUAUAUCAACAUAGGAUAUAGAUUAAAGAAAUAAAUAAUCAUGUGAAUUAUUCAUUAUAUUGUUUUAUUAUGUAAUUUAUGAUGAUUUAAUUAAAAAAAAUACCUUGUAACAUUAGUAUAAUAUUUUCAUAAAGUUUUAGAUUCUGAGUGGAGUGAAGAAUGUAUUGGUUUUAUAAUGAUGUUUAUUUUUUAUUUUAUCUGUACAUAUCUUUUCUACCAUCAAUUUUCCUUCGAUUUACUAUGAUAGCACUUUUUCUAAAAAGAAAUCUCACUGGGUAGGUACUUUAGAGUGGUUAUUUUUUGACUUUUCUGGAUGUUUUCCCAACAAAUGAAAAAACGUAGGAAAAACGGGAAAAUAGAUACAAUAUUAAAUAAUAGAACUAAAUAUAAUAAUAGUAUAAUAAAAAUAAAAAUAUUAAUAAAGAAAAUGUAUAAUGCAUAUGUAACUAAUAAUUAACUAUUUUACCAUAAUAUGACAUGUAUAUUGUUGACAAAGCAAUACUAUUAACCAAACUCCGCUCAGAAUCGUUUUUUCGUUAACAAUGGUUAAACUUUGCAUAUAAUUAUACAUUUAAUUUCCCAUUUACUACCUCCCCAACUUCCACCUACAACAGUGACCCACCUACGUGCGAAGCAUGUCAGUAUUUUUUCUUCUUCAGCCUUCUCCUUCGCGUUUAUCCCAACUAUUUGGGGUCGACCACGUUUAAAGAUUUUUAUACAUUAAAAAAAGUACCUAUUUAGUUGAUUCCAAAACGUUUAAUUAAUUUGUAGGCAAAUAAUACAUCAUUUUACUUCAUCGAUAUUUAGUUUUAAAUACAGAAAUAAUCAUUAACGAAUAGUAAAUUUAUUCAUGACAGUUCCAAGGAUCUCGGUACAGUGUUGCGUGUAAAACGCAAUGCUAUUUGCUACAGACGAGAAAUGAAAUAAUACAAAAUCACAUUACACCAUUCUGCCUUGUUUCCGUUUAAAACCACGUGUCAAUAACUAUCAACAUUUUUUUCAUCCUCGGCACAUUGCCGAUCCUUAAACUACUUAGUAUUUAUUCUAUUUUUUAUACAUAUAUAUUUUUUUAACAUAUUAAAACCUACGUAAUCGAUGAAGAAACUCGAGGAUUUUGUGCUCAUCCGAUCGAAUCGCAUAACUAGUUUGACAACCAUCUUAUCCGUAGACGAUUCGGUCAAUUUUUGUACGUCUUCGAUCUCGUAGUAUAUAUCUAUAUUUUCAUGGACUAUUCUAAUAUUAUGUCUUUGCCGUUUUUGAUUCCAUACGUUUUCAAUAACAACGCGCGGUUUUUUUUAUGUAUAUAUAUUUAUUACUUUAUGUGCAUAAGAAUUUUUGAAAAUUUGUGAGAAAUAGCGGUACUCUGCAGUGAGUUAUUGGUAUAUUGAAUCCUUCAAAUAACACUUUUUUUUGUAUAAUGUUCAAAGAUCGCCAUCAUUUUUAAAAUUUCCAGUGUUUCAAAAUCGUUAUUAUUAUUUCAACUGAAAUAUUUAGCGGGUAUCAUUUUACUUGUAAUAUGCGAGCAAAUGAUUAACUUUAUAGUUUUAUCUGAUUAUAUAUAGUAAUCGAAUUAUAAUCAACUGUAAAUAAUUACCUAUCGUUUAAACGUAGUAAUAAUUAUUUAUUAAUUUCAUAUAAUAAUACUGAAUUAAUGUAUUGUAUUAUAUAGUUGACUAUAAUAAGUUCUUCGAGUAGGUAUAAUUGAUUUUUGAUCCCACAGGAAUAGGUAUUUUCAUUGGAAAUGUAUAUUGAAUAUUGUGGACACGUAGUUUAAAUAGAUAGUUAAUGGUUCGCAGCGUGCUUCUUACUUUCUUACGUUAAACCUGUUUUCAAAAAAAUCUUUUCGAUAACAAAUACGUUUUUAAUUGCACAUAGCACAUAAAUCAGUGAAUUGUUAAAUUCUACUUGGAUAUAAUUAACAGGAAUAGUUAUGUAAAUAACUUCCAAAUGGUAAGUAAUUAUUAAUUAUUACACUAAAACAUUUAUAACAAUAUAAAAUAAAAUAUUUUAUUAUUUUUGCACGGUUGUUUUAGUAAUUUAUAAAAUAAUCUAUUGAUUUUUAGUGUUACAACAUUGAUUAUAUGCUUAUAGAUAUUCGUACACAGUUUAUAGUUGUAUAAAAUUAAAAACGUAUCGAGAACAAUGACGUCCACAGAAGAAGAUUAGAGAUUAUAUUCUCCCUGUUGGCUUAAAAACAUAAUAAGUACAAGCGUCUAUUUAGUAAUUUUAUCUUGAAAUUACAUAAUUUCAACUUUUUAGUAAAUUUAAAAUUGAACAAAAUCUCUGCUUAUUAAAUAAAAAUAAUUUUUUUCGGAUCCGACUUUUAAAUUCUUAUUAUUUAGUUAGGCAUUACAGAAAAAAAUGCUAAGAUUUAUAUAUGAAUACUAUGAUUGUUAUAUAUUUACUACAUACCUUCCCAUUCAAAAUUUCUAGACAUGCCGCUGAUCAAAAAUCUCCAGGCAGUGCUCGACUUAUGAAAGAGGUGCAGGAGGACGGAGUACCUUAAUUAAUGUUUCAGAAAUUUAAGAGUACCUAUACUAUUUUUUUUUUAUUUGAAAAUAUUAAUAAAAACAUUGUAUAUUAAACAUUUAAAGAAUGCUUGAAAACUCGAAAUCCACUCGAAUCACAAAAGUCGAUAUAUUGCCAUUUUUGAUACCUAUUAAUGAUAUUUAGGUACUCGCACAACGCAAUACACAAUUUUUAUUUUUAUAUUUUUUUGGUUGACCCUAAUUAUUAUAUGAGCCACGUGUCCUCUGAUUAGGAUUACCUUCUUACCUUAAUAUUUGCUGUGAUACGGCCUCACGAAAUACCUUAUUGCGUCGCCACUGACAGGUAUUAACGUAAUAAUAUAGUAAAUAAAUACCUAUCGAUACAUGAUUUAUUACACGCGGAUAACGAAUUGUGUGGGCUUAUGUAAAUUGCAAGCGUAAAUAAAAAAAAAAAACAUUGAAAUUAUAAAUUGAAAAGUGUACCUAUGUUUAAAAUAAUUAUAUUCGUGUUUAUUCAUUCUAUAUAAUAUAUAAUAUGUAAAACUUCACAUUAAAUACUCAAAUCAUUAAUAUAUUCCGUCCUUUUAUUAUACCGUUUUUAUUGAACUCAUCAACGUAAAAAUAUAAUAAAUCUUGCGCAAUUCAUUGUGUUAUCGACAUAAAAAAAAUAUGAAACGAAAAAAAGUUAUUUUCGAGCCACAUUCUCUCAUAUUUUUGCCGUCGUAAUUUUAAAAAUAUUAUCUUAAAAACGAAUUAUCCGUUCAUAAUACAUACAACUACAAUACCUACUGAUAUUUUAAUAUUUCGACAAAUAUCUUUGAAAAAAUUAACACACGAGAAAAAUCAUUCGGAUUUAUAAUUAUUUAUUAUGUUUAAUUUUAUUUAGUGUACCUACAUUGGUGUGAUAUAGACUAAAAAGUUAAUUGCUUAUAUUUUGCACUAGGUUACUAGAUAAUAUUUAGGACAAAGGAAUAUUAGUAUAAUGAGACCUCGGCAAAAAAAUUUUUUAGAUCCAGUGAAUAAAAUAUAAUAUUUUCACAUACACAUUAUACAAUUUAAAAAAAAAAGUGUUCCAAACAUAAAAUUAACUUAUUUAAUAUAUUAUUAUUUUUGUAGCUUUAUCACUAACAACAAAUAAAUGUUAAUUUAUGAUAUAACUUGAACGCGCUUUACCACUCCUUUAAAAAUUAUUUUUUUUUUUUUUUUUUUUAAAUAUAUAUGGACAAUCACUCAUACCGAAUAUGACGACGGUUUAAUCAUUGAAUCAUAACUUUUGCCCAUCAAUUAUAAAUAGGUACAGUUCUGAUCGCUGAAUAAGAUUGUGGACGAAAAUAUAAUUGUAAUCAAGCCUACAAUCUCUAAAUGAGCUCACGUUCGACAAUUUUAGAAAGACGAUAGUCAAAUUGUUUAACAUAAAAAAAAACCUUUUAUGUAUAAGUAUACAAUUUAUUUAAAACACAACGCCGUUACUACGUUAUUUUAUUAUUAUAUAUUACAUUAAUACUAGUAAUACAUACAUACUCGACUAAAAAUCCGAAUUUUUAAAAUAUCAUCAUAAUAUUAGAUGAAUGCAAUAGUCCAAUAUAGAAAACUAUAUUGACGACAAAGUACCUACGACUUAUAAUAAACAUCUUGUUAAACAUGCAUGCGGUUCUGUUAAGUCUAACAAUUUCAUCCACAAAGUACCAACAAAAUAAAAGUUACGUGAAAAACUCGCAAAAUUAAAAUGUUUAUAAAUAGCUCAAAAAUGGCGCAAAUGUUUUUAAAAUAUGAUCAUAUCUAGAAAAGGCAAGUUUUCUGUUCAAAUUUCAAGUCUUUGCAAAUAUUUCUAACUGAAUUACAACAAAAAGCAAAUUUGAAAAUAAUAACAAAUUAUUUUUGUAAAUUUUUCCGACUAUUCGCAAUUAUUAUGAAAACCACUUGGAAAAGCGGUAUUCAUCUUAAUGACUAGUCAUAGAAAAUAUCAUAUUUUCCAAUAUAUAAUAAUUUACCAGUAGUAUAAAUUUACACGAGUAUCGAUAUAAUUAAUAGUAGUUUUAAAAUAUAUAAUAUUAUAAUGAUUAGUAAAUAAUAAUUGCAUAUUUUGCAAGUUGAAAAACCUGUACGAUCUCAAUUAAAAUAGUAGAUAUAGAAACGAAAAAGUGCAAGCAUCGGAAGUUUAAUAUGUCAUCUUUGUUUAUAAUAAUAUUAUUUGCGUUCAGUCAUAUUCUUUCAGUUGCAUUUUUUAAUACAUUUAUUAUUUUAUUUUUAUUGCAUAGGUAUAUGUAUAAAAUUAAUAACAUUAUACCACGUGUUCAAAGUAAAAAAAAAAAAAAUAUAAUCAGAAUAUUAUAAUUUGGACUCACGGUCGAACAUUUAUUUCUAAUUUAAAUAAAUUAAAUGCAAGUGGUGUACGCGGCACGAGAGAGGCGUUAAAUUUAAAUUGUUUAAUUAUUAAAAAUAAAAAUAAAUGUUUUAUGAUAUCUACAUACUAUACGAUGACGACGGCACAUGUUGGCGUUUCUUGAACACGCUUGACAUCAUAAUAGGUACUUUUAUAUAUAACUGAAUAAUAUUAUAAUAGCUACGCAGGUUUCGCAUAUUAAAUUUCUGUAGUAGUUAUAGAAACAAUUAACGAUAGACGACUUUUGAGAAGUACAUGGGAUAGCUGAUAAUAUAAUAAUAAUAAAAUCUAACAGAUGUCUUAUCAGUACCUAAUUUGCAUAUUCGGUAAUGGACCUGGACAAACUCAAACGAAUUUGUCGACAAAGAAAUGAUAAACGGUUAUUUACCGUUUAAAAAUUUGUUCUCGCUUUACUUGAAUAUUGAUCUUUGUUUUAAAUAAGUAUUUGUAGAAAUCGGUUUGACAUAGGAAAAUUUGACAACACAUUAUUAGGUAGGUACUAAGCACAAAAGAAGUAUGUACAAAACAUAGUUCGAUAUUUUAACAUUUUCUUCCCGCAUGUCCAAAAGGCCGGAAAUCAUCUGAAAUGACGAGAUGAAUAAAAAUUACACGCGAACCUUUGAUCAAAUAGGUCUAGAGCGCUGUUACCGAUGUAUAUUCUUGGUUUCAGAGAAGUAAUGCUUAAGUCAAUUAUUGUUUUUUUUUUUCUUUUUUUAUAUUUGUAUCUUAUGCGAUUUCAUCUCUUUUAUUUUUUGGUCUAAAUAUCCCCUAAGUGUAUGGAUUUACGAAAUCACUGUAUAUAAUGUAUUCAUUUUGGCAAAUAUGCAAAUGCAGUGUUAUCAAGAAAAAUUAAUUAUUUUAUUGAGGAACGUACAAUGGUUUACAAAUUCCAUUAUUUUUAUUUUUUUUUUUUUUUCGGAAAUUGAAGCGAAGGUUAAUAUAUUCUUAUAAUUUGAAUUUUGUGCUAAAUCCUGUUACCACGAAUUCUGUAAGACAGCAUGCCUUUCAACAGAAGAUUCGAAAACACGUAAUAAUAUUUAAUUUAUACUUGAAAACUAGUUAUUUAAAAACAAAUAAUAUAAUUCGAUCGUUGCAAUAUUUAAUUUAUAUUUGAAUAAUAUUUAUCAUUUAAAAAAAAAAUAAUUAAAACAUGGAGGAUCGAGAAACGAAACGGAUUCUUUUUUUUAAAACGAACGUUAACAACACUGUACUGUAUGUAUUUUCAAAAAUUAAUUCACUCGUAUCAAAAACUAAAUAUAUAAUUUUAAAAAAAGCUCUUCUUCUUCGGGACCAAUAAUCAUAUCGACUAUACAGUUUAAGACUGCAUCAACUCAAAAAAGGACUUUUUUAGGAGAAUAAUUUAAAAAAGAAGAACAAUUAAACGUUAAUAUUCAAAAUAUAUACAAUAAAAACAAACGGACAUACUUCGCAAGAUGGGUGGGCUACAGUUGUAGGUGAGAAUUUAAUGUAUACCUGUACGCAACUAUUAAAAAUACAUAGAAAAAAUAUACAGAGUAAUUUAGUUUAUAGCUGUAACGAUAAACCAAUGCUAACAAAUAACGAUUCUGAGUGAAAUUCAGUUACACGUGUUUGAGAAACUGUAAUAUUUACGAUUUUUGUCAAAAUUUAAUAUUAAAAUUCUUCCAAAAAAAAAAAAAAUACAUAUUACAUAAAACUCAACUUUUUCUUGUUGACCACUAAUUACAACUUAAAAAUGAACCUCCUGUUAAAUUUUUACGCAUUUCUGUUUGGUCCAACAAUUUUAUCCACAAUAUACCUACUAAAUAAAUAAUGCGUAAAAAACUUGCAAAAUGAAAAAUGUCUAUAAAUAGCUUAAAAAUGGCUCAAAUGUUUUUAAAAUUUGACUACAACUAUAAAAAGCUUUUGUAUAAGGUUUCUGUCGAAAUGUCAAGUCACCACGAAUGUUUUGAAAUUAAUUACAAGAAAAUAAAAAAAAGUAUUACUUUUGUAAAUUGUCCCAUCUUUAUUACGUUUUUUUCUUGGCUUUUCAUAAUUAUUUUGACAACAGCUGGGAUAAUCAAAAAAUUGCCUUCUUAAAAUCUCAUCCAAGUCAAAUUUCUUUUCAUAAAAAGUGCUACAUUUGAAAAUUUGAGCAAAAUGUAUGGUAGAAAAGUUGUCCAUAGAAAAAUAUAUAAAUAAAUAAACAUCAUUACACGGUCAUCAGUUCGCUCAGAAACUAAAAUUUAACGAAUAUUUAGUCAACUAUAAAACAUGAAUCAAAUUAAGUAUGGAUACAAUUUUUGGUGUACACAUAUGUUCAGUGGUGGAUUCUAGGCGGGGUCGAGAGGACCUGGGCCCCCCUUAACAGUUAUAUUAUAUUUGUAAUUGUAAUAAUAUGAGUUAAUAAUGAUUAUAAAUCGUCGUUCAAAUUACGGUUAGACCAAUUAUUACGAUGGUUGAUAAUGUUGAUGCUUGAUUGUAAUCUUACCUAAAUGUUAUAAUUAGUGUUGAUUAUUCAAAAUUAAUAUGAACAUUUUUGAGCUCCACCCCCCCCCCCUGAAAAAAUCCACUAUUCGCCAAUGCAUAUGUUAUUAAUUUAUGUUUCCAUUGUUAUAAAUACAUAAAUUAAUUGCAAAAAGGAAACAUUAUUCACAUUAGAACUGAAUGUGUUAAACCGAAAUAUGUUAUUCUAAAACGAAAUAAGAACUCUCUAGUGCUCAAGAAUUAAAUUAAUUUCUAUUGCGUUCUUGAAUUGAAAUUGUUUUCAAAAAUUUUCAUAGUUUGAAUUCGAAAGUCUCGGUACUGUAUAGUAUACACGGUGGAAGUGUUGAGUGAAACUCGUAAAAACGUAUGAAAUAUUAAUUAUGUCGACUAAGCGCACGCGAUAAAACAUGAUUAUUACAUGUAUGACACCGACGACCAAACAACAUGUAGUAAUAAUAAUAUAAUAUUAUAUUAUAAAUAAGACGCACAAUAUUAUUAUAUGUUAGCGAAAGCAAUUAUAGCGUCACCGUCAUAAUAUAAUGUUGUAGCCGGCGGGAACGACACGCAAAUAGUAAAUAAUUAUAGAAAAAAUAACAUUUCAAUGAAAAAAUUCCGAUGGGUGAACAGCUAGCAAGCAAACAUAUUAAAUUAUUCUUAUGGGAAUUGCCUGUAAUGGACGAUACUGUUGGUUAUCGUGUGAUGCAUAAACCCGCCUGUGCAGUAUUGAACGGGCGGAAUAAUGUUAAUAAGAAUAACGGACGUAGCUGCGUGAUUAAUUGAUAAGACUAAGAUUGAUAAACCGUCGGGGGUAAAAAUGUAUAAAAAUAAAAAUAAGACAUAUUGUACUAUUAUCACUGUGUUAACACUAUUCAGAACCUUAAAAAAAACCACCAAACAAACAACUGAUUGCAGAUGUUGCAUGACGGGUGCUACGACCACGGGGGCGCCAAUGAAAAUUUUUAAUGCUCUGUAAUUGAAUAUUUUUAUAGUAAACGUAUGAGUGAACCCAACAUUUUUUGCUCGUCGAUAAACUUUUCCGGCACCGGGUGCUGAUUUUGCUAGGCACGGGCCUACUUGAAUAUACGUACUCGUAUAUUAUUAUUAUCGGCGCUUCGCACGGAAAACGCGUGUAAAUUGUCGAGAAAAAAAAUCGUAUAAAUUGUAUUCUACAUAAUAGUUAAUAAAAGGACGUAAUACUCGCAUGUGUUGUUUCCGUCUUACAGAUGUAUGACAUAGCAAAUUUGCGUUCGAUCAAAAUAAAAUAAUUAUGCUGAUAGUUUUAAUAUUAUAGUGAAUUCGCCUAUAUCGAACUUAAAGAUAAGAACAUUAUCCAAGCAUAGUUUGCGCGAUUCAGUAUUUUUCGAUAAUUUUAAUUUUAAGAUAUAUAUAAGUAUAAGCAAAAAUAUUACAAUUUAAUAAUGUUUAUAUUAUUUGUCUGAAAAUUGAAUUAUCGAAAAAAUAGUACCAAUAUUGCACAAAUAAUUUUCUUUAAGUUUUGAUAAGUCAAUUCGCUAUAAUAUUAAAACUGACAGCACAAAGUCUUUCCUGCUAAACUGAAAUUUGCUGAUGCGGUCGUACGUUUGUAAGACGGAGACGGUACAUGCGGCUAUCACGUCCACUUAAUAUGGUGAAUUGAACAUAUUAUUUAUGUGUGCGAAGCGGAGUUUGCAACAAACUACACAGUCCUAUAACAAUACAGCAUUUAGUUAUUUUCUAUACUUGUUACUGAGCUACGUCGUUACCAGAGAGUUUUUAUUUUUACGGAUAUUAUUAUUAAAUUAUUAUCACACCAAUAUCAUAACAAUUUAUUAUAGCAAGAAUCAGGGCCGGAUCUUACAUUUUUUUUAACCUGGGGCAAAAUAUGAAAUUAGUACCCUUUUUAGAUUCUGAGUGAAGCGAAAAUGUAUUGGUUUUACAAUGAUAUUCAUUUUUAUUUUAUUUUUUUUAUCUACGAACAACUUUUCUACCAGAAAUAUUGCUUCGAUUCACAAUGUUAGCAUUUUUUUGUGAAAAGAAAUCUGACUAGGUUGGUACUUCAGGGAGGUCAUUUUUUGAUUUUCCCAAUACCAAUAGUUAUUGUAGAUCCUGAGCGUAACGAGGGAGCUAUUGGUUAUACUAAGAUGUUUAUUUUUUUUUUCUUCUUCUAGUCUGUGGACACGAUUUUUUCUAGUAAACUUGCUCCGAUUUUUCCGUAUAGUACUUUUUCUAAAAGCUCAAGUUUUCUAUAUGGUAUUUUAAACAGGCCAUUUUUUAAAUAAAAGCAUUUAAGUGAGAAAAAACGUAGGAAAACGGGGAUUCAGGAGUUCGCAGUUGAAACGACGGACGAAGAUAUAAAAAUAUACAGUGGAGUGCUUGCCCGACGUAAGCUUCUCGUCAAAAUAGAGAAUACCUUAGUCACUGGUGAUAAACGCAACUGUGUCGUUGGUAGGCACAUUAUAUUGAAAAUCAUAUAACCAAGAUUUUUAAAAGUUUUAUUUCUAUACUUUUAAUUUUCCCCCGAUAGAUAUCGGUAUCAUAGGCGUUCUUACAGGAGAGGGAUAUGGGAGAUGGAUCCUGCCCAUGGCCUUUUCUUUUUAGAUGAUAUAGAGUUUUCUGUUUAACUGAUAUUUAGUGAUAAUAAUCAAAUAAAUAAAUAUAAUCAAUAAUCAUUUUUUUUGACUCGUUAACAUUUUACACAAUAUUCGUAGGUAUACAAAUUACAUACCACGCACGGUUACAGACCGUAUUUGUAUUUUGUAUGUCUGUGGUUAAAGAUCGAAGAAACUUAUGGUUUUACAAAGAUGUUUAUUUUUUUUUUGUGGACAACUUUUAUACCAGCAUUUUAGCUCCAACUUUUAAUGAUAGCAAUUUGUCUAAAAAUAAAUUUUAGUGGAGAGGUACUUUAGUGAAGGUCAUUUAUCGAUUUUCUCCGGAGUCUUCUCCUACAAAUAUGAAAAACUGGGAAAAAACAUGGGAAAACUGGAAAAAAACGUAGGAAAACCGAAGAAAUCGGCACAACAUUAAACAAAUAUUAUUAAAGAAAGUAUAUAGAGCCUAUUUAAUUUUUUUAGUAUAAUAUGGCAUAUAUAUUGUUGAAAAAUAUCACUAUCAACUGAACUCUGCUCAGAAUCGUUUUUUUGUUAGCAACGGUUUAUCGUUGCUUACAGAUAUAGAUUUAAUUUCUGUAUGUAUUCUACCUUCCCAAUUUUCUAUCUAUACCAGUGACUGUGCCCGUCCCCAUUAUCUUACCUUUUUUAAGUCACUCAUUUGUAUCUACUUAAUUACUAUACUUGAGCCUUUGAUGUAAUCUCAGAUAAAUAAUCAUUAUAAUAUAUAACAUAUAAUUUAUAAUUGAUAUAAACAAUAUAUUAAUCUCAUGAUACUACCAUCGAGCAAUGAUUAACCGCAAGCAAUGUUUUUCAAAAAAAAAAGUUUGUGCCUCCUACAAGUGCUGAUAUAGAGAGUAUAAAAGUUGAUGGUAUGGAUGAUUUAGACCAAAGUAAAUUGCCCGAGCAGUUUGAUAAAAAUUGUUGCAACAGUUGAUCUGAUAGAGAAGUCCCGAAGAAGAUCCCGAGAAGUUCUUGAUGUACUGGCUUAAAAAUCAAGACAAAUUAAUAUCAUUUUAAACAUGCUUUGGUAUGAAAUAAAAACAUUACUUUAGAAUUUUUAAUAAAUUUCCCAAAAAAAUAAUUUUGAUAUAUGUAUGUGUUUUAGUUGUGAUAUUUAUCUUGUGUUGAAUUUUCAUACAGUGAUCCAUCAAAGAUAUUUUGAGACCCCAAAAUUGGGUCGCCCCCUACAGGUUGGGAAAAAAUGUUGUAAACAUAGUCGAAAACAAAAUAUUGGUCUGGUACCUACAGUGAUAAAUCCAAAAAAACUUGAACAUAUGUAUAUUUUUGUCGUUUAAAACGAAACCGCUGAAGUAGGUUAGUACCUAUAUAGUGAAUAAUUACUUACCUAAAUCGACAUUUGGGUAUUUGAUUUCAAUGGUAAUUUUAAGGCAGAUCAAAUUAUAAAUUACUUACAAAAAACAAUUAAUUAAAAAUUGGUCUUUUUACGAUUUAUUACCUAAUUCGGCAUCUUCCUCCUUGCCGGUAAAAUCCUAAGUAUACAACACUGCGGACGAUCGUAUGUACCCACGUGUUCAUAUUUUACGAUUACACGAUCGCCGCCGCCGUUUGCAAUUAAGACGUACACAAUUUUCUUGUAAUGGCCAGUGAAUAAUAUUAUUACAAGUUAUAACAACACCGUGAAUAUUUAUAACAAUCGUCUUCGGCCGUGUAUAAUAUGUGAUAUGUGUAUAAAUAAUAAUAAAAAAAUAUACACAUAUUCAACCGCCGACCGAUAUGCAAAAAAUAAUGGGCGUUGAAGUACUGCUACAACAGUCCUUGAGUGCGCGUAAAGAUAGCGCUGUAAUGAUAUCGGGUGUGCCUACUCUGUUAGUAGCGGACGGCUGCCACUGAUCGCGGGCUAAUUAAUCGGCGCGCGGUGGGGAGACGCGUAUAAAUAAUAACAUCGCAUAUAUUAUAAUAUUGUACCAUCGAACCGGUUCUUAUUGUUUUUAUAUUUUUUUCGCAGUCAUAUUCGUUACAUUAUCAAUAAUAUUGUAAUUUUUUUUUUUUCCGCGCUAUUAUUAUUUAAUUAUUAGCCGUACCGUUCAAAACGAUAUUUUCGCAUAAUGUCGUAGAAUUUUCGUGUCGCACGUAUCAACGAUACAAUGGUAUACGAGCGCCUCAUACUGUUGCACUCUGAGCGCACCGCACGCGAAUAAAAUAAUAUCGAAGACGCCGGUUUUUUUUUAUUUUUAUUAUUAUUCCUUUCGACAUUCGACCGAUUCGAUACAAAGUUAUACGCGCGCACGUUCGUCGUCAUAUUUCGUCGACUUAUGUUCAGCGGCUGUACGCACCGCCAAAACCAAAAAAAAAUUACAAUUCAGUGUUGAUUUUGUUCGAUUGCAGGGAACGGUGACGAUAAAUGUAUGGACGACGACGAUUCGAACGAAAAAGAAGAAUCACUCGUUGAAGAAUCAAUGAAAAUGGGUAAGGAGUGUUCGUUUAAUAAAAAAACGGGACUUUUCCCGAACUUUUUCUUGUGUAAAGACCAAUGGCGGCUCGUGCUGUGAUGCACAGGAGCAGUGCACCACCUACAAUUUUGAAAACUAUACGUUAUUAUAUUGCUACAAUAUAAAAAUAUGCUAUUAAUUAUUAUAAAAUAAUACAUAUUAAUAACUAGAAAUGCAUUCGUAUUUAUUUCAAGAAUACAAAUUAUUUUAUAGAAUUAAAGAAAUAUUUAAUGCGAAAAUUCGAGAAAAACAUGUUAUCGCGCGUUUGUAUGCCGAUUGUACACAAUACGCAGCGCCCGCAGCGGCAGCGAUCACGGAUUACGGACGGGCGAAUACAAUUUUUGCACCAGUCGCGCAUGCGUAUUUAACCGUUUCGUUCUUACUACUGAUACAACUGACCUACCAUUAAACUUAGUGUUAUUGUUGUGUGCACAAACGAAUAUUGCACCGUCGCGGCCGUAUAGCCGCUGCCGCUGUUGACGGAGAGUAUCAUGCAUUGGGAGCUGAUAUUUGACCAAAUAUAUAGUACCAAAAAUACCUGCCCUACAGAAAAUACUGACCGACCCGGGUUACACUCAAUUCCUAAAUAAUAUUAUAUUUAAUACAACAAAAACAAACAUAAUUCCCUAAUAUAAUGUAGAUUUCUACCUCCUAAAUAAACAAAUACAAAUAUAUUCAUUCUUCAAUAAAAUAUUUGUUUUAGUUCUCUGUUUUCUAAAUUUACUUUCUUAUUGCAUACAAAUUGUUUAAAUGUGCUCCACAAAUUAUUUUAUCCACGAGCCGCCACUGGUAAUAAACGCACAAUAUUCUUAUCGAUGGUAAAUCGUGCUUCCGACUAACCGCUUACUAUUACAAUCGUUGUCGUAUUUCGUUUACUAAAUGUCGAUUACACGCAGAAUGAUUCGACUAAUAAAAAUAUGUAGGUAGGUGCAAUUGCGGCCGUUUUAAAUAAAUAAAAUGCCGAAAAACACAAUAACUGCUCUCUAUAACGAUUUAAAAUUCGAUUUUCCAUCAUUUCCAACAUUAUACGGUAGGUUAUUAUUGGCAGCACACAAAAUAUUUAUCACGUUUCUUAUCGCUUAUUUUUUGACCGCGACAGCGCGACUAGAUAUUGACAAUAGCUCAAGCUGACUUUUUUAUGUGAUAGUGGACACAUCCAUUUACGACAAGGUUUUUAAAAAUGAAUAUAUAACUGUUAUUUAAAAAUAACUUCUUGUUUUAUACAAAUAAACUUAUAAUUUAUAAAAAUCGUAUGAGCAGACUUACGUUAACAGUUUCCAAAAUUAACGAAAUUACCAUAAAACCGCGUUUUUCCCGUACGCCGACUCCUUAAUUAUUAACCGCGUUAUUACCUUCUGCGAUUGGGUAGGUAUGUCGUUUUUAUCAUUAUAAUAUUAUUACUUUAUUCGGUACCUACACUGGCUAUACCUUAGAACUUUAUUUGGUUUUAUCUAUGGUAGUCGUUAUGCUAGUAAGUGCAGCGAGUGUAUUUUACGAGUGAUAAGACACUCGUAUUGAUGAAACAUUUAAUUGAUUAUUUCGAUAUUACUGAAAAAUAAUUAUAUUAUUUUAAUAUUUUAAAGUAUUUUCAUAGUUUCAUAUUCGUAUACACAAAUUGGUAAUUUUUUUCGUUUCCGAUAGGUAUUUAAAAUCCACGUGUUAAUCUAAGUUUUGAGGCAUCUAUUUUCAAAUAAGUUCUAAAUAAGCAAACAUUUUCAAAAUGAGCUUUUUAGUAUUUUCUAAAAUUUACAUUAUCUGGUAUGUAAAAUUAUUGCACAUCAAACAAGCAUUUAACUGGUUUAAACUGUAUGGGGAAUAUUGUGGUUGGUUUAAAUGGUACAUUUUUUUUCCAGAUAAUUCUCAUAUGAACAUAUUUUUUGUCGUUUAUGAAUAAUACUAAAAAUUACAGAGAUAACUGAGAUUCUCAUUAUCAUUAAACUGUUGAAAAAUACCAAUAUUUUUCCUGGGUUUUCGUCAGUUAUGAACUUUUAACGUUUUCCAUCAAAUUUCAAAAAAGGCCAUUCCUUUUUCCGCCAGUUAUAAUUUAGGUCAAAUUUUGUUUUGAGAACCUCUUAUGUAAAUAUUAAAAAAAAAAAUAAAAAAUAUAUAAGGUAUUAUAUUUUUCUCAUAUAUAAUUAUUGUAUUUACUUGGGUGUUUAUUGAAUUUGCAUUGUUUUGUUAAUAAUAUGUCAUUGCUUGAUUCAUUGGCCAUUUAAAAUCAUAUUGUAAAAAAGCUGGAAAAUAGUUAAAAGUUACUUAGUUACUUAGUUAAUUAAUACAUAUGCAUAUAAUAUAUAUUUUUGGUAAAUUUUUUAUUUAAACUUUAUUUAAUAUAUUAUUUGAUAUCAGUUUUAUGAAUUCAUAUCUACUGAUUUCAUUUAAUUGGUAUUUUGAAAUUCGUUCUUCAUUUCGUUUUGUUUAUCACUGAUAUUUUUCUCGAUGUUUUACAUUCAUUAAUACUUUUUAAAGUAACAUACACGUCAGGUUAAAUAUUUUCUAAAAGUAUAGUAUCCGUGGUAUAACUAUGUAGUGUUUGAUUAUAAAAAUUAUCUCUGAAUACAGAAUGAGAUGAUUCACAUCCGUUUGUUGUCCUAGCUAAACUUGCCGAUAAUUCAGCCCAUAAUGAUGUCAAAUAUUAUUAAUUUACUCACAUUUAAUAGGGGGCAAAACAAAUUCCAGGGGGGGGGGUAAGGCCACAUGCACCGUCUUGUUCCCCAUGAUGGUCUAAACGGUCGACGAAAAUACGACCCCCUGUUUCAACCGCCUUAAUAGAAAAAUAAUAAUAUUUAAUAUUUACGUAAGGGAUUCCCAAACUUUAAAUACAUUAUAAAACUGGUGGAAAAGGGAAUGACUUUUUUUAAAACUUAACAAAAAAAAUGGAAAGGUAAUUUUUGGUGAAAACGGAAACACGUUUUUCCCUCGCACCACCUUUUGAGGUAUAGGGUGUAAAAAUUGGUACAUUGAACUAACCAAAAAAGGGUGUUCAAUUAUUUUAUGUAUUUUUUUUUUUUUAAAAAAAAUAUUGGGAAGUUUAAACCAUUUUUCUGAUACUGUUGAUAAGUAUGCCACUGUAUUAGGAAGGAGGUUGAUGAGGAUUUCUAGAAUAAUUUAAUUUAUAUCUGUACUCUGCGAUAAACGAUUCUGACAAUUGAAUUAAUCGUAUUUUUUCCGUAUAGCUGCCAAAAUAACCAAGAAAUCAUGAUUAAUUAUUCAAACAUGUCCUAUUUUUCUAUUUGUUAAAAAAAAAAAACGACAAGGAAAAUCAAAAAAGUGAUCUCCUCGAUGCACUGACUAGAUCAAAAAUUGCUAACAAAAAAGUUCGUAUUAAGUUUUUGACAAAAUAUUUUCACGAAGAAGAGUAUAUCACUGUUGUAGGUAGGAAUUUGGAAUAAUGCUAUAUCUAUUCAUUUUCGGUUUUAUUCAAUUGUUAAAAAAAACUACAGGAAUUAUCAAAAAAUGACUAGAUUACAAUUGCUACAAAAAAGAUCCUCCGUUGUUUUUCUAUUAGAGCAGUAUUUUUUAUGAAAAACAUAAAGCAUAGAAAUUUAAAAUACAGUAAAACCUCUCUAUAACGAACCUUUUAUUAAACGGAAUCCUCCUUAUAACGGAAAAUGUUAAUAGUCUCAGUGCAAAUAAAUUGACCUCUCUAAGACGGAACCUCUACUAAACGGAAACGGACAAUUUUCGUAAUCAAAUUAGUAAAAAUACUCUCUGUUAAACGGAAAAUAUAAUUAUUUAAAGAAAAAUUAUAACCAAUAUAGAUUUAUCGGAAAAUGCUUUGAAAGAAACCAAUGAGGCGUGCGUUACAGCGGAUGUUGGUAUAGAAGAUUUCAUUACAUUUGACAAUAAAUUAGAAACGCAUCAAACUUACGAUUCGGCGUCUUUUUUAGAAGAAAAAAAUAAUGAUGAUGAUGAUGAUGACAGUGAGACCAACGAUGAGCCAAAAAUAAAAGAUUUUAAAACCGCAAUCUCAUAUUUAGAAGAAUUACAAAAAUUUUCUUCAGCCACGAUUUCAAAUUCAAAUCUAUUAGAACUUACAAUCAAAGCCCGAGAAUGUGCUGAACGCGCUGCUCUUAAUCACAAAAAGCAAUCUAAUAUUAAAAACUAUUUUUCUAAAUUAUAA